AUGGCUUUCGGGAGUUUGUUCAAUUUCUAUCUAUCUAUCCAUCUAUCUAUCUAUCUAUCUAUAUGUUGCCAUAUUUAUUACAACAUUUCGGCCUUUCAUUAUCUUAUCUAUCUAUCUAUCUAUCUAUCUAUCUAUCUAUCUAUAAGCAAAAGAAGGCACAGGCCCAGUUCGAAUGAAGAAAAGUGCUGGUUGAAAAGUCAGUAUAUCUAUCUAUCUAUCUAUCUAUCUAUCUGUCUGUCUGUCUUAUUCCAUACCAAGGCAAAAAAUUCUGCGACGAUCGAUGGAAUUCCAUUCUGUUUUCUCUCUCUAUCCACUCUCUUUCUUUCUCUUCCAUCUUUACUCUUAUUUUUUCCCUUCUUUUCUUUCCUGCUUUUCAAUACUCUCUCUAUUACUUUCUUUCUCCCACUACCUUAUCAUCCACCGUCGCUUUCUCCUUCUCAUUCUCUUUCUUAUUUCCCAAUCAUUCUUUACCGUCUCUCCCUUUUCUCGCUCUUCUAUUUCCAUUAUUCUCACUGCUACCCUCUCAUUCUUCUAUUACUAUUCUCCUACUACUACCCACUCUAUAACUCAUCCAACUCCUCUAUCUCUUCUACCCACGCACUCUCUUUCCUUUUCUCUUUUCUCCUCUCUUCUGCAUCUCUCUGCUACUACUACUUAGUCUUCAUUCUCUAUACACCGUGUAUUUCUAUCUCUUUUCCACCCACUCCACUCUCUCUCUCUCUCUCUCUCUCUCUCUCUCUCUACCUCCUCACUUUUUCUUCCCUCUCUCCCAUUCUCUCUCUUCUCUACUCCUUAUCUAUAUUCUUUCUCACUUUAUCAUUUUCCCUCUCUCUUCUACUCUUUCCCUUUUCUCCCAGCUCUCACACUCCUCUCCCUCUCUCCUCUCUCUCUCUCUCUCUCUCUCUCUCUCUCUCUCUCUCUCUCCCCCUCCAUGUGCUACUCACACCUACUCUUCCUUCUUUACCAGCCCUUAGUUCUUCUUCUCCUCACCCCUUCUUCUUCUUCUUCUUCUUCUUCUUCUACUUCUUCUACUACUACUACCACUACUAUUACUACUUAUACUACUACUACUACUUAAUUUCCUCCUUUUUUCCUCUUAUCGUCUGCUUCUCUUUGAAUAGUUUUCUCUUUUUAUUUUCUUCUCUUUCAUUUACAGGAGUUUUUCUGCCUUUUUUUUCCCUUCUAUUUUUCUGUUUUUCUCUUCAAUUACUUCUUGUUUUUCUUCAAGAUAAUCUCUCCUCUCGGUGCUCUCACCUGCGUAUGUAA